AUGGGAUUCGUCGGGGAUGAUUUAACGGGAGAAUGGCUCAGCGAAUAUGGGAGUGCAACGGAGGUGAUGGGUAUUGCGAAAACAACCUGCCGGAAAUAUGACAAGAUGACGAAUACCCAGAUAAUAUCGGGCAAAAAGAACUUCACUUGCGUUGUAACCGGUCCACGCAGGGGUGAUUUGAUUGGGGAAUUUAACUUGCAGUUCGAGACGGAUGAAGCGGACACAUUCUCGAUAACGAAAGAGGACUUGGAAAAACGAAACACAGGAACUGGUUACGACAUCACUGACUUGCAAGUUAAAGUCCGAAGUGCUACAGAUUAA